UAGAGAGCACUCGAGCCAUUUGCAGAUCAAAUUCAACAGCCACCAUGAUUAGCGUUCUUGCUCAGGAGCGUCUAUUGGGCGCCGCACUCGGAUGCAUAUUCACCGGAAUCGUUGUGUUUGAGCAACGACGAAGCAUCUACACCUCCAUCUCUGCCACCAAAUCUGAACCCAUUUCCCAAUCUCAGAUGAGGGAGCCCAUAUUUGGAAUGAAAUCUCGCUCAGAAUUUGCACACCUCUGGAACAAAGCUGUGGACCGAACAUUUCAAAAAGCUAUUGAGUCCGUAACUUCGUCCGGAUGGUAGAUUUUUCUUUGAGUAAAUGUUUACAGAAUAUGGAAGUCUGAUUCUGUUACCUUUAUAUUUUGCCUACGAAUCAAAUUGUUUAACAUGUCUGAGAAAUCAGAAUGGCUUGCACAUUGGCCGUAAUGCAAAGACAUAAUCAUAUCACCGGCAACAUCGUCUCUUGUUUUUGUUUUUAUAUUAAUGUAUGCCCAUCAUGUUGGCGACCCCAGAA